AUGAAGCUUUUGAUGAUGUUCUUGUUACUUCAUACCACCAUCAUCAUCUUGGCUGCACCUGCAGGAUCCAAUCCGGCACACCGGGCAUCUACUGCCGGGUCCUCUGUUAUCAUGACGCAGGGAACUUACCCGGAUUCCUCAUCUAUAGGAAGCAGUCGUAAUUUUACAAGUCUUGCCUCGGAUACGCCGGAGUCUGGAAGCACGGCUUCUGUACUUGCGACCGCUGCAGGAUCGGUGGCCAGCAUGAUGACCGCGCCGACCGUGACCAGGCCCUUGCUGAUUGAUCCUAGUACAGCAACUAAUGACCCGGAAUUACCCAAUACUUGCAUACUCAAAACGUUCAACAUCGACGAAACCUCUCUGGAAGUAUACAUGGUCGGGGUAAUCCUAGCGGCGUCUUUUGCAGGCAUGACACUUAUAAUUGUCAGCCUGCUUACCUGUUCUGUGGGGAGCUGCUUGAAGUUAGCCGUAAUGGAAGACAAUAAUAUGUUGGACUUACGAAAAGUGCAACACGCACAGCGGGUGACUAUGCACUUAGUCACUGGGUUGAUGAUGAUAUGUGGAGAACAAAAAAAUGCCCGCACUGUUGCCCAGAACUGCUUGGAGCCCAAAGUAUGGUGA